AUUUAAGAGCUUCACCACCAUAGCAAUGGUUUAUGGAUGAGAUAAGAUAAUUUGACCAUGAACCAUGGGGUUGAAGCCAAGCCAAAUUAGCCAAUAGAUAGAGAGAGAGAGAGAGAGUAAAAAAAAAAUAGAAAAGAAAAAAAGCUCAUACUUUUUGAAAGGCUCAGAAGCCAAGCGAAAAUGGUUACAAUCCUAGUUAGUGCACUUGGGUUAUUAAUAAAUUUUUUUGGUUUUUUAUUAAGUUACAGCAAGAGAGAGAGGGUCUAAAAAUAUGUGACAAAAAUACCAAUAAAUAAAGCCUCCCCAAAAGAAAGAGUGAAGCCUCGAAGCUCUACUCUCUGUGCCAGUGUUUCUCUACACUUUGGUUUUAGAUCUCUCUCUCUCUCUCUCUAUCUUCUCUAUCUUCUCUCUCUUACCCUGAAAUAGAGGAAGCAGAGACACAGAAGUUUUAAUGUCCACCCACCGCUUCUGGCCUGUUUCUUUCUCUUUCUCUAUCUCUUGAAGACUGAACCUUUCUUGUUGUUGGAGGUUACUCUUGAGGACUUUUUUCUCUGCUCAGAGAUUUUUCAGACCCAUUUGUUUUCUCUCAUUUUUCUCUGUGUUUGGGGAAACACCCAAAAGAGAGAAACACAGAAGAAAGCAUUUUGUGGAGCUCUUUGCAAUUCUUUUCUUUUUCUCUCUGCAAUAUCAGCUGCUCUGUUUUUCUCUUUAUAUAUAUAUAUAUAUAUUAGAUCUAUCAGCCAACUCUUUUUUGUGCAUUGUAUCAUUAUUUGUACCCUUCUGUUUGUUGCAUUUGAGUGGCAAGUAUGAGUAAAGAAGAGUUUUUGAAGAUCCAGAAAUGUGUUCUCAAAGUAAACAUUCACUGUGAUGGUUGCAAGCACAAAGUGAAGAAAAUCUUGCAGAAAAUUGAUGGUGUUUUCACCACCGACAUAGAUUCGGAACAAGGGAAAGUUACAGUCUCAGGAAAUGUAGACCCACAAGUUCUUAUCAAGAAACUAGCAAAAUCAGGCAAACAUGCAGAUAUCUGGGGUGCUCCAAAAGCUAACAACAACCAAAACCACCUUGCCAAUCAGUUCAAGAACAUGCAAAUUGAUAACAAUGGUGGCAAAGGUGGUGGUGGGAACAACAAAGGCCAAAAGGGCGGGAACAACAACACCAAUCAAGGCAAAGGAGGAGGUGGACAACAGGGUCAGAACCAAAACCAGAACCAGAACCAGCAACUUCAGCAAUUGCAGCAAAUCCAGCAGCUUCAACAGCUGCAGAACAUGAAAGGGUUUCAAGAUCUGAAGCUUCCCCAAUUGAAAGGAAUGCAGCAACAGAUGCCCAAUAUGAAAGACCUGAACCCAAACAACCAGAAGGCUGUCAAGUUCGACUUGCCAGAGGAUGAUGACAUGAGUGAUGAUGAAUUUGAUGAAUUUGAUGAUGAUGACUUGGAUUAUGAUGAAUUUGAUGAUGACUUGGAUGAUAUACAUCCUCCUAUGAAAAUGGGUGGUGGUCAAGGGGGUGCAGGAGCAGUACCUAACAUGAUGAUGUUGAAUGGUAUGAUGAAAGGGAAUAAUAAUCCACAGCUUGUAAAUGCUCAAAAGGUUGGAAAUGGUGGUGGUGGUGGUGGUGGAGGAAAUAAUAACAACAAUAAUAAUGGAAAGAAAGGCGGCGGUGGUAAUGGUGGUGGGCCUGUUCAGGUGAAUGAUGGUAAAAAUGGAGGAAAGAAAGGUGGUGGUGGUGGAGGAGGAAAUAAUCAAAACCAAGGAGGAGGUAAAAAUGGAGGUAAAGGUGGAGGCUUUCCUUCCGAUUCGAAGAAUGGUAACAAUGGUGGUGGUGGUGGAGCAAAUAAGAACAACGGAGGAGGUCCAAAUGGAAAUGGAGGUGGUGGUGGUGGUGGUAAAAAAGGUGGAUUCCCAGAUGGGGUUCAAGCUAUGAACAAUGGAUUUGGUGGAGGUGGAGGUGGAGGUGGUGCACGUGGUAUGCCAAAUAUGGGUCAGAUGGGGGGUAACAUGAACAUGGCAGCAAUGAGUCAAAUGAGCAAUAUGCCCAUGAACCAAAUGGGUAAUAUUCCGGCAGUCCAAGGUCUACCGGCGACGGCAGUGAACGGCGGUGGAGCUGGUGGUUAUUUCCAAGGAGCAGGGCCAGAAAUGGUGCCCGGAAAUCCUUAUCAUCAGCAGCAACAGCAGCAAUAUUUGGCAGCAGUGAUGAACCAACAGAGAGCAAUGGGGAAUGAGAGGUUUCAGCCCAUGAUGUAUGCUCGGCCACCGCCGGCCGUGAAUUAUAUGCCGCCGUAUCCACAUCCACAUCCACACCAUCCUUAUCCACCACCACCACCACCUGAGCCUGCUUAUGCUCACUUUUUCAGUGACGAAAAUACUUCAAGCUGCAAUGUCAUGUGAGAAACUAAACCCCGAAAAAAGAAAAAAAAAAAAAAAAAGAAAACUUUGCUUCUCAAGUUUGUGGGUGAAAGGAUGAUGCCAAUAUUAAAUUAUACAAGGAAAUGGGUUUUUUUGUUUUAUUUUAGUUUUUUUUUUUUUUUUUUUUUUUUGGACUUCCAAUUUUUCCCUUAAAUAUUUACUUUUCUUUUUUAAUCUGAAGGUUGAAGUAGGGGUUUUAAAUUAUAUAUGAAAUAGGAGGGAGUAUCUAAUAUUUUAGAUAUAAAUAUUAAAAUGUAAGCUAAAAAAGCAACAGGGCUUAGUAGUAGUUGCUUUGGGGGGCUUUUUUCUUUUUCUAUAUGAGAGACUUUGUUUAUAUAUGAUGUUUAUAUUGUGUUUGCAAAAACAAAAAUAAGAUUUAGAAAAAGAGAAAUGGGAAAAAGAAAAUAGCCCUCUCUCUCUCUCUCUCUGUC